AUGUUUCGUGUGACAAGCAUCAACACGAGACCUCCUGUGUAUAGCCGAAUCUCCUUUUCUGAUCCACCGCGUUGAACAAUGGCGUUUUAUGUGUGCUCCUCUCCACUCCACCGCUAAGUUGCCGAGUGUUUUAUUUUGGUGCUGGAGAUGAUAACAUUUCACACAUUCAUCCUGUCUUUUCUCUUUCUUCCUCCUACGGGCACCUCAUGUUGGUUUAGAUCUUGCGUAUAG